UAUCCAGAAUUGUACAGACCCGUCACCAACCUCUAAACUUUUUCGCUAUUUCUUAUUCAUUUUAAUAAUUCCACGGAGACGCCGUCGUUUCAUAACGUCGGUGCCUCCGUCGUCAUGACAAUGAAGCAAGGCUUCACUUUCUCUCUACCCGUAAUCGUCGUCGUUUUCGUCAUCUCUUACGUAUACUUUACCACUGUUUUCAUUUUCAUUGACCAAUGGUUCGGUCUUAUGUCCUCUCCUGGCAUCAUGAACGCCGUCGUUUUCACCGCCGUGGCUCUCAUGUGUAUGGUCAACUAUUCUGUCGCUAUUUUCCGGGAUCCGGGUUGGGUCCCGGCCAAUUACAUGCCCGAUAUUGAAGAUGAUCAAAACACGAUACACGAGAUCAAGCGCAAGGGAGGAGAUUUGAGGUAUUGUCAAAAGUGUUCCCACUACAAACCUCCUCGUUCACAUCAUUGCCGUGUUUGCAAAAGAUGUGUUUUGCUAAUGGAUCACCACUGCAUUUGGAUAAGUAACUGCGUUGGCCAUGCAAACUAUAAAGUCUUCUUUGUCUUUGUUUUGUAUGCUGUGGUUGCAUGCAUCUACUCACUGGUUUUGCUUGUGGGUAGUCUAUCUACUGAUCCUCUCAAGGAUGAACCACAAAGAGGAGGAUCCUACAGAACUGCUUAUGUCAUUUCUGGACUCUUGCUAGUCCCCUUGAGUGUGGCACUGAGCGUUCUUUUAGGUUGGCAUAUCUACCUCAUUUUGCAAAACAAAACCACUAUAGAGUACCAUGAAGGAGUGAGAGCUUUGUGGCUUGCAGAGAAAGGUGGGCAUGUUUAUAAACAUCCAUAUGAUCUGGGCGUCUAUGAAAAUCUUACAACAGUACUUGGUCCAAGUAUCUUCAGCUGGGUUUGCCCCACAUCAAGACACAUUGGUUCUGGUCUCCAAUUCCGUACAGCCUAUGAUAACACAGCUGGUGCAGCAUCUGUGCUAAAAUAGUUUGAAGAUUGCUUGGCCCUGACAUCCCCAUUGGAAAUAACAACAUUUGCAACUUCUGAACUGUCAAAAGAUGAAUGAAUGCCAGUCUUCCGAUGAUUCACCCAGCUUCUUUUCUAGUGCUUAUAGGGUAUCCUGUUUUGAAUUCAGGCAUACAGUGAUACCAUCAUGUACCUUAUACCUUUGAUACUUCGGCCUGGGACAUUUGAAGUGUUCUGUUGCAAGGUAGGUGAGUUGAGAAGGCAACAUUUUGUAAGACAGCCUUUGUCUACCACUGAAGCAAAUCAAUAUCGGCAACAAUUAGAAUUAGGACGGGUUUUUAUAUUUUCAUCUUCUUCUUCUUUUUCCUUCUGAUUUUCAAUUAUAGAGAACCAACUGAUACAUGUACAAAGAAGUAGUCAAAGCUCUCCGGUCUUCCAUGUAACUUAACAAAGGGUUGUAAUCCUUGUACGUAACUUGAAUGAAACAAAGUUUCUGUAAACUAUACUCAAUCUUCCUUAAUUUUCUCAAUAGAUUCAAUGUUUGUUUUUAUCAA